AUGCCAACUCGAAAACGUUCAUCAAGUUCAUCAUCAUAUCGAUCAAGUAGUGAACAAGAUGAAAAACGUCCAUUUCGUCGACAUAAACAUAGAAGUAAUGGAAAGUCAUCAAAAAAACAUUCCAGAAACAGCAGCACAACUCGUCGCAUAUCAUGUUCAAGAUCUCCAGUUCGAUAUCGUACACCGACAGUUGAUAAAGAACGUAAAUCAUUGAAAACUUCUACUAAUCUAAUAACGCCAGUGAUAGCGGCUACAACUGAACCUCUCAAUAAAGAAGCUGAACGGAAACGUCUUGAAGAAGAAAUGCAGAAACGUAAAAAUCGUGUUGAACAAUGGCGUGCUGAACGUCGAAUAAUGCUUGGUAUUGAUAAAGUCAGACAACAAUCAGUGGUACAAGCUGUGAAGGGUAAAUCUUGGUCAUUAGAAGAUGAAUGUGAUGACGACGAAGAAGAUUUACACAAUGUUUGUAUACCACAAGUCAGCCUUAAACGUGGUGUUGCUACAGCAUGCGAAGCAUCAAUGUCUUCGGCAAUAGCUGAUAAUCAACGAGAAGCAAUGAAACGUGCUGCACAAGUAGCUGCACUUGCUUCAGUUGCCUGCAGAACUGUUGAAAAAGUUGAUGAUGACGAAGAAGAUCCUUUAGACAAAUAUAUGGAAAAUGUUGCAAAAGAAGUUAAAGGUUUUCGGCAAAAUAAUACUAACGAAAUUGUUACAAUUAAACAAGAACAAUUAUCAAAUAAUAUCAAAGGAUCAGUUAUCAAAAUUAUUACAAAAACAAUUAAAAAUAAACCAGUAGAACCAAGUGGUACAGUACCAAUAAUUAAUGAUCAUCAUAAUGAUUCAUCAUUAGUUAAAACUGAACCUAUGGAUAUUAAUGAUCAACCAAUCUCACUUCCAUCACUUGUUACAGUUCGUAGUAGUGCAGUUAAACCUGCUAAAGAAAAAGGUGUUAUUAUGGAACAAGAUCUAGAUGGUUUAGAAUAUUCAUCAGAAGAAGAAAGUAUUAAACCAAAUGAAGAACUUGAUGAUACAGCUGCUAUGAGUAAUAAAAAAUCGAAAUUAGACAUGAUUACAACAAAUCAUGAUAAAAUAUAUUAUCGACCAUUUCGUAAAGAAUUUUAUACAGCUAUAUCCGAGAUAGCUAAUAUGACAGAAGCCGAAGUUGCUGCUUAUCGAAAAGAACUCGAUGGUAUCAAGGUAGCUGGUAAACAAUGUCCAAGACCAAUAAAAAGUUGGUCACAAUGUAUAACAUCUGAUAAAGUUUUACAAUUUUUAAAAAAGUAUAAUUAUGAAAAGCCAACACCUAUUCAAGCCCAAGCAUUACCAAUUAUUCUUACUGGUAGAAAUAUGAUUGGUAUUGCUAAAACAGGCAGUGGAAAAACAUUAGCAUUUCUUUUACCAAUGUUUCGUCAUAUAAUAGAUCAACCACCAUUAAAUGAUGGUGAUGGUCCAAUAGCUAUUAUUAUGACACCAACUCGUGAAUUAGCAUUACAAACAACGAGAGAAUGUAAAAAACUUGCUAAGUUAUUCGAUAUUCGUUGUAUUGCUGUUUAUGGUGGUACAAGCGUAUCAGAACAAAUUGCACAACUAAAACGUGGCGCAGAAAUUAUUGUAUGUACACCUGGACGUUUGGUUGAUAUGUUAGCUGCCAAUAAUGGAAAAGUCACAAAUGUUCGACGAGUCACUUAUGUUGUUGUCGAUGAAGCUGAUCGAAUGUUUGAUAUGGGUUUUGAACCACAGGUAACAAAAAUUCUUGCUAGUAUUCGUCCUGAUCGUCAAAUCGUUAUGUUUUCAGCAACAUUUCCUAAAAAAAUGGAAGAAUUAGCACGUAAAAGUCUUUAUAAACCCAUCGAAGUUACCGUUGGUGGACGAAGUAUUGUUUGUAAAGAUAUUAUACAAAAUGUCGUUAUUCUGAAUGAUGAUGAGAAAUAUUUAAAAUUACUCGAAUUACUUGGUAUAUAUCAACCACAAGGCUCGGUUCUUGUUUUUGUUGACACACAAGAACAUUGCGAUGAAUUAAUGAAAAAAUUAAUGAGUAAUCUUUAUCCAUGUAUGUCAUUACAUGGUGGUAUUGAUCAAUAUGAUCGUGAUUCAAUAAUAACCGAUUUUAAAAAUGGUGAUAUACCAUUAAUAAUUGCAACAUCAGUUGCUGCACGAGGUUUAGAUGUUAAAAAUUUAAUUCUUGUUGUUAAUUAUGAUUGUCCAAAUCAUUAUGAAGAUUAUGUACAUCGUUGUGGACGUACAGGUCGAGCAGGCAAUAUAGGUUAUGCUUAUACAUUUCUUACAUCCGCACAAGAACGUUAUGCUAGUGCUAUAAUCAAAGCUUUGAAAACAUCUGGUACAUCUAUACCAGAAGAAUUAACUUUAUUAUGGGAUACGUAUGUUAAAAAAAUGGAAGCCAUGGGUAAAAUAGUAAAAAUUGGUAGUGGUGGUUUUAGUGGACGAGGUAGUUACGAAUUCAAUUCAUCAGAAACACAAUUAAAGAGAAAACAAAAAAACAUGCAAGCUGCUGCUAUGGGUUUAGUAGAUUUGGAUGAAGAUGAAGAAAGUCAAGUUAUUGAUCAACAAAUUCAAUCAUUAUUUAAAAAGAGUAAAGAACAUAUUAAAGCUAAAGAUAAUGCAUCAGUUAAUCAAAAUAUGGGAACUAGUGGUUCAACAACUAUAAAUGAUAUAGCAUCGAAAUUAGAAUUAGCUACGAAAGUAGCAGCUAGACUUUCAUUGAUCAAGCCUGAAACUCGAAAUUCUAUGCAAGAAGCAAAAACCUCAUUAUUUCAAUAUGAUGGUACAUUAAAUUCAGCUGUAUCCAGUCGUAUUGUAGCACAACAACGAGCAAGUGAACUUAAUCGAAAAUUAAAUUAUCAAAAACCCGAAAAUGAAAUACAAAUAACUGAAAAUGCGUUCAAAAAAUUUGAGGAAGAAUUAGAAAUAAAUGAUUUUCCACAAAAUGCUCGAUCAAAAAUUAUAAGCAAAGAAACAUUAUUACAUAUAUGUGAGUAUGCUGAUGUUGACAUAUCUGUACGUGGUCAAUAUUAUCCAAAUAAUAAAGAAAUUACACAAGAUGAUAGAAAACUUUAUUUACAAAUUGAAUCACUAACUGUACAUGGUCUUCAAUUAGCUAAAGAAGAAAUUAUUCGAUUAAUUAAAGAAGAAAUGAUGAAAAUGAAAAAUCCAGCUCUACAAAUUGCUACUCGUGGUCGUUAUAAACUUUAA